ACUAACGCUACCUAGCUUGAAGAAGCUGUGUGAGCAAUCAUCUCGCUUACUGGAUUCUCUCCUAGUUUGACAAAGGGAGUCAUCUUAAUUCCUUUUGAGGGGCCUUCUAGCCCACGAGCAUGCCAAGGUACCAUGUCAAUCGCAGUUGCUUAUCCGCUAGAAAUUACCCAACUCUUGGAAGGUAGCGUGCCAGCUUCGGUACCAAAGUUAUCAUUCCACCCCUCCUUUCAUGUUACCUUCCCUUUGCGACCUCCGACUGCAGUUAUGGCAGAUCAGCAGGCGUUGGUGCGGGGAAAUUCUGCACACUAUCGUCCAACUUACAGCCAAGUGGGGGUUGCCCUGCCGUAUUGAUCAUCAUAUGGUGCGCUGAGCGCGGGAUCAACCCGAUUGUGUCCCGUCGGGUCGGGACUUUCCUAUCUGGAAACGUUGCAUUGGAGGCAACACGCUGGCUUCUCGACACGCUCAAAAUGCGCGACCCGGCCGGGCGAAAUCCAGGUCGUCGUCUCGGUAGUAGUCAAGGCUUCCAUCAUGGACUCAGAAAAUGUUCAGGCUGCCCCGAAGCAGCCCCCGGUAACUUACCAGGAGAAGCCGGGCGGGCGCAGCGACGGCGAUGUCGACAAGUCACUCGAGAAAGUUGACGGCAUCACCACGGCGCUGCCGGCCGACGAGCCAGCCGCGGUGGCCGGGGCCAGCAAGGAGGUGGCCGCCACUUCCCCGUACGAGGAGGUGCGGGCCGCCGUGCGCGAGAUCGACGGCGAGGAGCCCAGCAACACGCUGCGCGCCUGGGUCAUCGGGCUCGUCUUUGUCACCGUCGUGUCGGGUGUCAACAUGUUCCUGUCCAUGCGCAGCCCCGCCAUCACCAUCCCGGCCGUCGUCGUCAUCCUCGUCGCCUACCCCGUCGGGAUGUUGUGGGCAAAGGUCAUGCCGGCCCGCACCUUCAGCACCUUUGGCCUCGAGUGGAGCCUGAACCCGGGCCCGUUCAGCAUCAAGGAGCAUGCCGUCAUCACGCUCAUGGCCAAGAUCACGGCCGACUACCCCUACUCGACCAACGCGCUCGAGGCCCUGCAGGCGCCCGCGCUGUACAACCACAGCCUGGGCUGGGGCUUCGCCCUCAUCUUCACCCUCAGCAGCCAGCUGAUCGGCAUCUCCAUGUCGGGCAUGUUCCGCCGCUUCCUCGUCUGGCCCUCGGCCAUGGUGUGGCCCGGCCAGUUCGCCACCACGUCGCUGCUGUACACGAUGCACGACAAGCGCAAGGCGGACGAGAUUGCCGAGGAGGACCGCGCCAUCGCCGGCACCAGCACUUGGAGGGUCUCUCCCUAUUCCUGGUUCUGCUACGUUGCGGCUGCCAGCUUCGGAUACUAUUGGUUCCCCGGCGUGCUCUGGCAGGGCCUGUCCGUGUUCGCCUUCGUGACGUGGAUCAAGCCCGACGACGUCGUUGUCAACCAGCUCUUUGGCGGCUUUACGGGACUGUCGCUGCUCCCCAUCACGUUCGACUGGACGUAUGUCGCGGCGUAUCUUCAGAAUCCCCUUCUUUCCCCAUGGACGUCUCACCUCAACACUUUGAUCGGGCUGGGCAUCUUCGUUAUCAUCCCGACCAUUGGAAUCUCGUACACCGGGGCACUGUAUUCCGAUUACCUCCCCAUAAACACGUCCCGGACUUUCGACAACACUGGGCACCGCUACAACGUGCUCAAGAUCCUGAAGCCCGACUUUACGAUCGACGAAGACGCCUACCGCAAAUACUCUCCUUUGUUUCUCGCGCCCACUUUCAUGAUCAACUACGGGUUAAGCUUUGCCACGCUGAUGGCCUCGCUGGUUCACACGGCCCUCAACCAUAGCGGCGAUAUCUGGUACCGCUUUAAGGCGGCGCGCAACCAGGAAGCCGACGUCCACACGGCCAUGAUCCGCAAGUACAAGGAAGCCCCUGACUGGUGGUACGGCCUCGUAUGGAUUGGCGCCAUGGCCUUUGGGCUGGCUACGGUUUUGGCGUUUCCCACCCAGCUGCCCUGGUGGGGAUUUCUCGUCUCAUGCCUCAUCGCCUUUAUCUUUAUCAUCCCGCUGAGCAUGAUAUAUGGCAUGACCAACAUCCUCAUCUCGCUCAACGUGCUGUCGCCGUUCCUCGGCGGCUUCAUCUUUCCCGGCCGCCCCAUCGCCAACAUGCUGUUCAAGGUGUACAGCACCAUCGUGCUCGGCCAGGCCCAGGUGUUCAGCGGGGACCUCAAGUUUGCGCUCUACAUGAAGGUCCCUCCACGCACGACGUUUUUCAGCCAGAUCGUGGCGGUUAUCUGGUCCUGUUUCGUGCAGAUCUCGGUUAUGAACUGGGCAUUCGGAAACAUCCCAGAUAUCUGCACGGCCAACCAGCCGAGCAAUUUCACCUGCCCCAACGGCAGCACCUUCUUUUCCUCCAGCAUAGUCUGGGGUGUCAUCGGCCCGCAAAAGUUCCUCGGCGUCGGCACCAUGUACGAGAAGAUCCAUUACUUCUGGCUCCUGGGCGCCCUCCUCCCCGUCGUCUUUUAUCUGGUGAGGCGCAGGUUCCCCAACUCCGUGGUGCGUCAUCUCCACGCCCCCGUCAUGCUGGGCGCCAUGGGCUGGCUCCCGCCCGCGACCCCUUUGAACUUCAGCUCGUGGGCAAUUAUCGGAUUAAUCUUCAACUGGGGGAUACGGAGGCGCUGGGCCGCCUGGUGGCAAAAGUUCAACUACAUCACCGCCGCCGGCCUGGAUGUCGGGCUUGUUAUCUGCACCCUGGUCAUCUUUUUCGCCUUUACGCUUCCCGGAUCGCCCGUCCCGUCCUGGUGGGGGAAUGUCGACGUUCUUAAAACGGCAGACGCAAUGGGCACGGCUAUCCGAAAGACGGUGCCCAAGGGAGAGAUCUUUGGGCCUACGACUUGGUAGAGGGUUACGAGCCCAGCCUCUGGGUUUGGCGGGCGCCUGGGAGCAUUGCCGAAACACAGCUACAUACGUCAAUCCGGUAGUUUGCCUGCGGGAAGCGGGCCAAGAACUGGAGCAGCGUCGUAAAGCUGUGCGGCGUGUCGGUUGUACGACGUGGAUAGGGCGCCGUGCGAGCCCGCCAUGGUUCCCCGAUGACAUUGCCCACUAAGACGUUGGCGUUACUUGGCUGAAGAUAGAUACAUUUAGGCGAUUCAUGUGCUAGCCAUAUUAUUUAUUCUAUUUAGUUAUACGCUGUUAUGUCUAUAGAAGAGACCUCAGUGCAG